GUAUGGUGCAAUCCAGCAUUCGCAACAAGUAUGUCUCGCAGUGAACAGAGUGAGAGAAUAUAUGUUGCGGAUGUUAUGAUGCCUUUGCUUCGAGCAACUCUAGAGAAUUUCCCAAAUAGUAAUCUCUGCUUGAAGGAUUCCCAAAAUUGGGAAGAAACCAGAUGUUAUAGUAUUGGUGAAGUAUGGAAAGAAGAUGAUGAUGUAGUGAAGUUAUGGAGGGAAGCAUUGGACAGGAUAAGUUACGUUAGUACAUCAUACAGACCGGCUCACAACCAAUUUGGAAUUGUAGGAAUCAAGUUGCUAGAGAGAGAUACCACUAACAAUAGAUAUACCAUAGUACAUGAAACCUCUAAUAUGCUUAUCAUUAACUUGAGACGAGCACUUGAACAAGCAAAUACCAAUCUAUCUCGAAAUAUUCAACCGAGCCCUACAAUAUCCUCUCUAUGUAGAGAAGAACAAAAAAAAACAAGAGCCAAAAAGAUAAGUGAUAUGAAUCAUCCUUUACAUAAAGGUGGAAGUCCUGGUGGCUGA